AUGGCAGCCGCGGCGGUGGCUGAGUUUCAAAGAGCCCAGUCUCUUCUCAGCUCAGACCGGAAUGCAUCUAUUGAUAUUUUACAUUCAAUAGGUAAGUAUAUAGCUACAACAUAACUUGUAGUAUCCAAGUGUCUCGGAUGUGUAGAUUAUCGCUAAAACAGUCCCUGUGUUAGAGCAGUUAGCUAGCUAAUUUAGCUAGUAGCUUGCCAGCUAGGUAGCUACCGUACUCUCUAGCUCAAUGACCGUACCGGGCUACCGGCCUAUCCCCAUUGGUCACAGUGAGUCAGCAGCAGGGAGACUGGUAGCUAGCAUGCUGUGUGCAAUUAGGUAGGUAACGUUAGCUAGCUACCCUCUUGCUUGCGCAUUGAAUUAAUAGCUUGCUAGCUAGUCCUACUGGCUAGCUAGCUAAAUGGUAGAAGAUUCCGACACAGACAGAAGUGAUUCCAACCUUGUACCCCAUCGACGCAACAUAGCGGAACUUCCGGGAACGUUUGCGAAGCAGACUCAACAGACCAGACCGGGAUUUGGGCUAUGAGAAUAGGGACGCCUGCUACACAGACCCUGUUCAUUUUUUCUGAGUCAAGAUCACUUUCUGAGUCAAAAUUCAAGCCGAGAUCUACCGCUCAGAUGUAUAUUUUCCGCUCAGAUGUAUUAUAUAUAUUUUUUACAUGACUUUUAAAAAACGUAAGCCUAUGCUAAAUUAUAUAUAUUUUUAAUCGAGGUAUAUGAUCACACUGGUAAUAGAUCAGUUGUAUUACUCGUGAAGCACAACUGAGUGAGCAUACAUUUAAAUAAUUACCUUUUAUUUUACUGAUGGUGCCUGUUUCUGAUGGUCAGUCUCAGCGGAGGGAGGGAGUAACAGACUGAGGGUCCGCCUCAACAUCCUUCCGCUCUCCAUUGACACUGACCAGAAAGGGACACUGUCUUCCUGCUGAUGGCUAAACUCGAGUCGCACCACACAAAUUCAUGUUACUCCUAUGACCAGAGAAAGUGAAAUAUUCCUUGAUAUUAAAAAAGACUUAAGCUGCUAAUAAUAACAAGACACUUUCGAUACACUUUCCUACUCAUUUACUGCAGCUGCAGUGCUGGUUGUAGCGCGAAUGGAGGUAGGGAGAAUGCACAUUUUGUGUUGAAUAGAAAGUGUUGACAGUGCUGAGUAAAGACUUAAACAUGAACUCGCUCAUAAAAAGUCUUUUUUUUUUUAGGGGGUAGAUCAGCUUUAAUAUUGCAGAUUGUAACUUCCAUCAAUGUAAUUGUCUGCAUCACUUCCAAUCCCCCAUAUGUUUUUUUUUCUCGCAUAUAUAUAUAUAUAUAUAUAUCCUUUAAAAAUAUAUAUUUACCUUUAUUACUUUCCAACCCCACCACCCCUUCCCUAAUUGGAGUAACUAGUGAACAACAAUGCUUAGGCCUCUACUUCCAGCUUAUACAUACUAUAUACAUUUUAUGGACACAGUCAAUUUUACAAUAAUUCAAUUUUGUUUGUUUUUACUCCUGAACUUCCUCUACCCUCAACCUUUCCAGUAGCUCUUUGCUGUAUUCGUUGACAGUCUCUCUAGUCAUGGUUUUAAACAUUUUGAAAUCUCACAUUACUGCAGAUACGGUAAUCUGAGCCAUCCGAUUGGCCUGUGGUAGGCCUAUAGGGCACUUGAUUUGCUCCCCCUGGACCCGCCAGGAAGGCAGAGUUUGUACCUUCACACUAGAGAAUGACAGAUAUACAGAUUUUUGAGAGUCAAGGACGCCGAUAUUCAAUAUCAUUACAUAGAAAAAUUUGGAUGACACAACUUCCCAGAGACAGCCAUAUACAGUGCAUUCAGAAAGUAUUCAGACCCCUUCCCUUUUUCCACAUUUUAUGUUACAGCCUUAUUCUAAAAUUGAUUAAAUAAAUUUGCACACUAAAUUAAAUGAAUCUACACACAAUACCCCAUAAUUACAAAGCGAAAACAGGUUUUUAGAAAUGUUUGCAAAUUUAUUCACCAAAAGAAAGGAUACCUUAUUUACAUAAGUAUUCAGACCCUUUGCUAUGAGACUCGAAAUUGAGCUCAAGUGCAUCCUGUUUCCAUUGAUCAUCCUUGAGAUGUUUCUACAACUUGAUUGGAGUCCACCUGUGGUAAAUUCAAUUGAUUGGACAUGAUUUGGAAAGGGGCACACCUGUCUAUAUAAGGUCCCACAGCUGACAGUGCAUGUCAGAGCAAAAACCAAGCCAUGAGGUCGAAGGAAUUGUCCGUAGAGCUCCGAGACAGGAUUGUGUGGAGGCACAGAUCUGGGGAAGGGUACCAAAACAUUUCUGCAGCAUUGAAUGUCCCCAAGAACACAGUGGCCUCCAUCAUUCUUAAAUGGAAGAAGUUUGGAACCACCAAGACUCUUCCUAGAGCUGGCCUCCCUGGCCAAACUGAGUAAUCGGGGGAGAAGGGCCUUGGUCAGGGAGGUGACCAAGAACGCGAUGGUCAUUCUGACAGAGUUCCAGAGUUCCUAUGUGGAGAUGGGAGAACCUUCCAGAAGGACAACCAUCUCUGCAGCACUCCACCAAUCAGGCAUUUAUGGUAGUGGCCAGACGGAAGCCACUCCUCAGUAAAAGGCACAUGACAGCCCACUUGGAGUUUGCCAAAAGGCACCUCAAGGACUCCCAGACCAUCAGAAACAAGAUUCUCUGGUCUGAGGAAACCAAUAUUGAACUCUUUGGCCUGAAUGCCAAGCUUCACGUCUGGAGGAAACUUGGAACCAUCCUUACGGUGAAGCAUGGUGGUGGCCGCAUCAUGCUGUGGGGAUGUUUUUCAGCGGCAGGGACUGGGAGACUAGUCAGGAUCGAGGGAAAGAUGAAUGGAGAAAAGUACAAAAAGAUCCUUGAUGAAAACCUGCUCCAGAGCGCUCAGGACCUCAGACUGGGGUGACGGUUCCCCUUCCAACAGGACAAUGACCCUAAGCACACAGCCAAGACAACGCAGGAGUGGCUUCGGGACAAGUCUCUGAAUGUCCUUGAGUGGCCCAGCCAGAGCACGGAUUUGAACCCGAUCGAACAUCUCUGGAGAGACCUGAAAAUAGCUGUGCAGCGACGCUCCCUAUGCAACCUAAAAGAGCUUGAAAGGAUCUGCAGAGAAGAAUGGGAGAAACUCCCUAAAUACAGGUGUGCCAAGCUUGUAGUGUCAUACCCAAGAAGACUUGAGGCUGUAAUUGCUGCCAAAGGUGCUUCAACAAAGUACUGAGUAAAGGGUCUGAAUACUUAUGUAAAUGUGAUAUAUCAGUUUUUUGUGCAAACAUUUUAAAAAACCUGUUUUUGCUUUGUCAUUAUGGGGUAUUAUGUGUAGAUUGAGGGGGGGGGGGAACAAUUUAAUCCAUUUUAGAAUAAGGCUGUAAUGUAACAAAAUGUGGAAGAAGUCAAGGGGUCUCCAAUCUGUCUUUUAGUUAUCAAAAUUCUCAACUUAAUUAAAUGCACCAGCGGAGAUCAUCGUCCAUAUCCCCAGUGAGUGUGCAUAUUCACUGUCUUUAUCAUUUGGUCAGUGCCACUUUUGUUUGUUUUUGGACAGGAAUUUCCUCCUCCAGGUUAGAUGGACGUCAUAUUGCUAAUGUUUCCAGUCAAAAAGUGUAGUAGAAUUGCAUGAAAUGUGUUUAUAAAGGGCCAACAUCUUCCUGUGUAAAGAAAAGAGAAGAAAUGUAAGGUCUGAUAUAUCCAAUAGUCUAGGCCCACUCUAAGCCACUACACGCUGCAUUGAACAGUAUGUUCCAUAAUGCAAUUAGCAGGAAAAUACCAUUGUGAGCGGUUUCAUAUGACAGAGAUAAAGAUAUUUAGAAAGAGGGGAGAUCUAAAUAGGCAUAUGCAACAACUAGCAUUGGUGGCUAAUAUGACUAGGAGUGUGCCUUUGGCUACUGGACAAUGAAAGAAAGUUGAUUUGAAAACCAAUAGAACAUAAGACAAAAGGGCUACUGGUUUCAAUGGUAUAUGGAAGUCUUUAUAAAAGUAUUGCCUGCACAUUUUGGCUAGGCUACUUUGAAGCAAGGUAAGACAUGCCUCGUAGUGAAACGUUCAGAUUUCAAACAAUUAAGUAGGCUAUGCUUUCAAAAUGCGUACUGCCUCCAGCUCAUUGCAAAGAGGUGUGUGACGCACCGAAGCCUGCCUAGUUGCCUAUGCACUUGAAUGGCGAAUGGGAAGCGUACUUCAUUUACCAGUUGAGAGAAAAAAAUUGCUGUUUUUUAAUCGUGGCCAUUUUUUAAACGCAAAUUGCCUUUAGAAUUGUUACAAAAUGAUUGGGCUUAUUAAAGCUGUUUGAGCUGUAUCACCAGCUCUCGUGCUACAUCGACUGGUAUUUCAAUCAAAGAAUAGGCUAAAAUGCAUUAUUUAGUGGCAACUGCUAGCUAGCACAAGGACAGAAAUGGCAGUUUACUUAAAACUAGCAGUCGUUCAAUCUUCUCGUGUAGCAGGUGGGAUAAUGGGACAAUUCGGAGUACAAUGCCAUUUAUAUCCCUUGAUUGAGGUACAUUUUCUGAGCCAUAUCUCGCUCCGGCUCAGCUGUGUGUUAAUCUAAACAAAAGGCAUUUCCAACCUUCUACUGUAGCAGAACGUAUAAGAUUGGAAUCAUCUAGCUAGCUAAAUUAUUUUUUCUGUUUUUAGUUUUUGAUUUACAAAUCUAGCUAAAUGUUAGCGAAUGUGAUAGCUAUCUGACAAAUGCCUUUUCCUAACGUUAUAUAGCUAAUAGCUAGCUAAAGUUAGCCAGAUAGCUAACAUUACUGAAAUGACUAACUAGCUACACAUUUUUGUUUGUAAAUGGAGCCAGCCAAAUCAGAUUUAUUGACAGCAGAAGCUCAACAGCUAGUGGCUCAGCCUUUGUUACUUUGACUGCUAGCGAAUUAGGUGCAAUGUUGGACCCAGGGAUGAUUUCCCCCAGCUAGCCAUCAACUGAAAGCAGUGACUUAUAAGUGAGCACCCCCACUUUGAUUUGACAACAAAACUGAUGAUGGCAGUAAUAAUAGUUUGAUCAUUUGUUCUCACAUAUAGCCUAGAUGUUGCCAUCUAUUAAGCUAGGUCUACGUAUAAAAGGUUGUGCUGUCAAUGUCAACAAGUAUUCUUCCAUUGUUUGUUGCAGUAAAGCGGGACAUCCAGGAGAGCGAUGAGGAGGCGGUGCGUGUCAAAGAGCAGAGCAUCCUGGAGCUGGGUGGUCUGCUGGCUAAGACGGGCCAGGCUGCAGGUAACAUAUCCUCCCUCCCUCCGAUUUCAGCUGGACAAGUGCAGACUCAGAGUAGACACAUCACCUCUACUAGAGAAUGAUGCUGACUAGGCUUGUCACGAUACCAACAUUUAGCAAACGAUACCAGGCCAAGUAUAACAAUACCGAGUAGUCUUGCGAUACCAUGGUGCAAGACUAUCUGUGGCCUAGCAUCCUGUUCGCCCCGUCCCCCAGACGCUUGUUUACGUUUUUGAAACGUUCUCCAAAAACCUGUCCCUGAAAUUCACACUUCUACUCAAUACAACACAUUGAAUUUAACCUCACACUGUUCAGUGUAUAAUAAAAUACUGCAUAGAAUGGCUCAUUUGCUAAUAUUUGCAAAGGCCUACCUGUGAUUUGGUUGGAGGAAUGGGAGGAGGGACUAUACCUCAGUGGAGGCUGUUGAAGGGAGGAUGGCUCAUAAUAAUGGCUGGAACGGCGCAAAUGGAAUGGCGUCAAACACAUAGAAACCAUGUGUUUGAUACCAUUCCGCUCCAGCCAUUUUCACAAGCCCGUCCUCCCCAAUUAAGGUGCCACCAACCUCCUGGGAUAUACAUGCAUAAUGAUCUGCUUGUCAUUGUGUCAGUAAGGGGAAAACACUGCAUGAAACCUUCUUUACUCUUCAGUUAAGACACACACUCCCUCAUUCUCAAACACACACACACCACUCUCUCUCUCCCACAAACACACAUACAGACACUACUCCCAACUUUUAAAACGUUAGGCACCAAACAGAAUUUAAGGAGCACCAAAAAUAAAUUGAUUUUUGAUAUAGUUUAGGCUUACAUUAGUGUCCUACCCUUUUGAAGCAAAUCUCAUGAGCAGCAGACCCGUUUCCUUCCUGUGCCAAUCCAAUUUGCCUAAACCUACUGUCAAGUUAACAGGUUGUUAGCUAGCUAGUUAACAUGACAUGACUGAACAACAUUGUUUGUUAUCAAACCAAUAAUUAGCGACCCGGGAUACAUUUAAAACGGCCCGAGACAUGUUUGUGAAAUGAUAUACAGUGGGGAGAACAAGUAUUUGAUACACUGCCGAUUUUGCAGAUUUUCCUACUUACAAAGCAUGUAGAGGUCUGUACUUUUUAUCAUCAACUGUGAGAGACGGAAUCUAAAACAAAAAUCAAGAAAAUCACAUUGUAUGAUUUUUAAGUAAUUAAUUUGCAUUUUAUUGCAUGACAUAAUUAUUUGAUACAUCAGAAAAGCAGAACUUAAUAUUUGGUACAGAAACCUUUGUUUGCCAUUACAGAGAUCAUACGUUUCCUGUAGGUCUUGACCAGGUUUGCACACACUGCAGCAGGGAUUUUGGCCCACUCCUCCAUACAGACCUUCUCCAGAUCCUUCAGGUUUCGGGGCUGUCGCUGGGCAAUACGGACUUUCAGCUCCCUCCAAAGAUUUUCUAUUGGGUUCAGGUCUGGUGACUGGCUAGGCCACUCCAGGACCUUGAGAUGCUUCUUAUGGAGCCACUCCUUAGUUGCCCUGGCUGUGUGUUUCGGGUCGUUGUCAUGCUGGAAUACCCAGCCACGACCCAUCUUCAAUGCUCUUACUGAGGGAAGGAGGUUGUUGGCCAAGAUCUCGCGAUAUAUGGCCCCAUCCAUCCUCCCCUUAAUACGGUGCAGUCGUCCUGUCCCCUUAGCAGAAAAGCAUCCCCAAAGAAUGAUGUUUCCACCUCCAUGCUUCACGGUUGGGAUGGUGUUCUUGGGGUUGUACUCAUCCUUCUUCUUCCUCCAAACACGGCGAGUGGAGUUUAGACCGAAAAGCUCUAUUUUUGUCUCAUCAGACCACAUGACCUUCUCCCAUUCCUCCUCUGGAUCAUCCAGAUGGUCAUUGGCAAACUUCAGACGGGCCUGGACAUGCGCUGGCUUGAGCAGGGGGACCUUGCGUGCGCUGCAGGAUUUUAAUCCAUGACGACGUAGUGUGUUACUAAUUGUUUUCUUUGAGACUGUGGUCCCAGCUCUCUUCAGGUCAUUGACCAGGUCCUGCCGUGUAGUUCUGGGCUGAUCCCUCACCUUCUUCAUGAUCAUUGAUGCCCCACGAGGUGAGAUCUUGCAUGGAGCCCCAGACCGAGGGUGAUUGACCGUCAUCUUGAACUUCUUCCAUUUUCUAAUAAUUGCGCCAACAGUUGUUGCCUUCUCACCAAGCUGCUUGCCUAUUGUCCUGUAGCCCAUCCCAGCCUUGUGCAGGUCUACAAUUUUAUCCCUGGUGUCCUUACACAGCUCUCUGGUCUUGGCCAUUGUGGAGAGGUUGGAGUCUGUUUGAGUGUGUGGACAGGUGUCUUUUAUACAGGUAACAAGUUCAAACAGGUGCAGUUAAUACAGGUAAUGAGUGGAGAACAGGAGGGCUUCUUAAAGAAAAACUAACAGGUCUGUGAGAGCCGGAAUUCUUACUGGUUGGUAGGUGAUCAAAUACUUAUGUCAUGCAAUAAAAUGCUAAUUAAUUACUUAAAAAUCAUACAAUGUGAUUUUCUGGAUUUUUGUUUUAGAUUCCGUCUCUCACAGUUGAAGUGUACCUAUGAUAAAAUUACAGACCUCUACAUGCUUUGUAAGUAGGAAAACCUGCAAAAUCGGCAGUGUAUCAAAUACUUGUUCUCCCCACUGUAUAUAAUCCGCGUGAAUCAUGAUAGAAAGAAAAAAAGCAUCUCCGGUAACAUGGGUGAUAUUUUUAGGCUAGAAACUAGCCGUUUUCUUUGCUGUAAAGCUGCAGGCAUGCCUGUCGUGAAGCGAUGCUCCAUUUCCCCUCUCUGACAUGCGGAGGCUGCAUGACAGUGAACUUGCAAAGUCUUCUCAGACUGGUCUGUGCUCAUGGUUAUAACAGGCGAUGAGGUGAUACAACAUAUCAACAUUGCUCGCUUUGCACGCAGCUCCAAAUCUAACAACCGAAGACUCAUCAGGGUCUGCAUCUCCGCUCGCUAAAUUAUAUUUAAAAAAAUAUUAAAAGAAAGUGAUGGAGGAUUAGACACGCGUGAAAAGCGGACGGAGAGAGGCAGGUGAGUGAGGGCUGGUAGGGUCUAGGCGAUGCUGCUGGCUGAUUACAGCAGCCACACGUGAUAUGCGCAUGAAAGUGAAGUGGAUAUUAUUGGACCUGCACAUACAAGAGACUAGUGGCUGUUGCUUAAAUUCUACUUAAUUUAUAAGCAAAGCUGACUUUAUAAACAUUUCAUAUCAGGCGCCAGCAGGUUCUUUAGAUCGGUAGGGCUGAAAUAGUCAGUAGUAUCAUAUGAAACGGUACUAUGGUAUUCUAAAAUGUUGGUAUCGUAACGUUUUGGUACCGUGAUAUUACCGUGGUACUGGUAUAUUACGUGCAACACUAAUACUGACUGUCAUGAUCUUCAGUAUGGCAAGGAAACGCAACACCAAGCAGACUUAAUUGCUGACAAAUGUAUCUCAAAGGUUUCUCCUUGACUCUGCGCAAGUUUGAGAUUGAUUACAUUGCAUGCGGACUGCCCAGAAUUACUGAUCUACAAAUCACCUUGCAUCCCAAAUACCUAGUCAUUGUGAUCAACACAUUAGUGUUCCUGCUCCUCACCUUGCUUAAACUGAUCCCCUCCAAAAUGCUGUCUGUGUCCCUCAGAGCUGGGUGGUCUCCUGAAGUAUGUGCGACCGUUCCUGAAUUCCAUCAGCAAGGCCAAGGCGGCGCGGCUGGUGCGCUCGCUGCUGGACCUGUUUCUGGACAUGGAGGCAGCUACAGGCCAGGAGGUGGAGCUGUGUCUGGAGUGCAUCGAGUGGGCCAAGGCUGAGAAGAGGACAUUCCUCAGACAGGCCCUGGAGGUGAGGAGUGGGAGAGGGGACUCCACUGGGGGAGCAUUGACAUGAGGGGUUUGGUUCGCCUCACUAAACGGUUUUACAGUGGAUGGAGAUUAAGCCCGUUUUAGGGUUCUUUAGUCUGUUUCGCUGUAUGUAGCGCUGCUGCUCUUGCUGCAAGGGCCAUUGGUGGAACUUGAUGACACAUGUCAAGUCUGUCAAUUCAGGAAUUGAAUUGACAUUCCAAUUGGACAAUUUGAUAUUUGUAUUUCUUAAAAUGGACCUCUGGUGGUGAUGAUUAUGGUAAAGAUGAUUCCAGAAGCGUGGUAUCCUUGACUUUGUCUUCUCUCUCCAGGCUCGUCUCAUCUCUCUGUAUUUUGACACAAAGCGGUAUCAGGAGGCGCUUCAUCUAGGUGCGUUGUUUUGCUUGUUUGUACUUAAACUGGAAAUAUUGAUCACAACAAAAAGAGCUGGAUAUGAAUACAGUUGGUAUUCCUAAUAAGUGCACAUCAGAUACAUGUUAACGUAUUAUACACUUCAGUUGACCAGUCCCAAUUAAAGUACAUUUAAAAAUCUGCCAACUCUGGCUUUGUGUGCUCAUUCAUGUCUCUCCCUCUCUCUCUCCAUCCCAUCCCUCCUUCCAUCCCUCUGUCCAUCAGGCACCCAGCUGCUCCAGGAGCUGAAGAAGAUGGAUGACAAGGCCCUGCUGGUGGAGGUGCAGCUGCUGGAGAGCAAGACGUACCACGGCCUCAGCAACCUGCCCAAGGCCCGCGCCGCCCUCACCUCUGCACGCACCACCGCCAACGGCAUCUACUGCCCGCCCAAGCUACAGGCCGCCCUGGACAUGCAGUCAGGUCCGCUACCCUCCAUCCUCCUCCCAUACAACACCCACCACUAGUUCACUAUUAUGUCCACUGUGUAGGAGUGGCCUCUGCAAUUUUAAAAGAUAUUCAGUGAUUUUUGAACAUUUUCUGUUUAAUUUUAAAGCUUUUUAAAGUGGUGGGGCAUCAGCCAGCUCUUCCACAUCGACCAAGCAUAAAGGCCUGGAUCCUAACUCGACAUAGUUGUAGGUUGACCUUUUCUGGUCGUACAGAGGUGACCAUGCAGUGUUGUUGAGAUGUAAAUUCCAGUUGUACCUCUGAUCUCCAUUUUUACCUCAUUGCACUCACCUGGUGCCCUGGGUCUAAAUCAGUCCCUGAUUAGAGAGCAAGAAUGACAAUCAGCAUUGCAAUAGGACCCGAGGUCCAGAUUUGAGCAUCCCUGGUUGAUAGCCUCCUCACCCCUCCACCCCCUACAGGGAUCAUCCACGCGGCAGAGAAGGACUGGAAGACGGCCUACUCUUACUUCUACGAGGCCUUCGAAGGCUACGACUCCAUCGACCACCCCAGAGCGAUCACCGCUCUCAAAUACAUGCUGCUCUGCAAAAUCAUGCUCAACCUGUAAGCAGCUGAAUGCUUAACUCUAUAUGUUGUGUGUUAUGAUGAUCGAUGUGUAAUCACUAUACUAUACUUACGCAAUAUAUCACUUUGGAAUUUGAGUUAAUAUGCUGCACAACAAUUAGCUAUGGAGUUAGUUAUGUGUAGAUGAGAGCUUUAGAGGAAAGUUGAUGUCUUGGAUGAGUAGCCUGUUGUCUUGUUGUAGUCCUGAGGAGGUCCAGGGUCUUGUCAGUGGGAAGCUAGCCCUGCGGCACGCCGGGAGACAGACAGACUCUCUGAAAUGCGUGGCACAAGCCAGCAAGAACCGGUCGCUGGACGAUUUUGAAAAGGUAAGAGCAUGUUGAGUGAACUGAAUAGCAUUGAUGCACAGAUGCAUUUUUUCGUUUGCCGUUGUUAUCUGUUGUAGGUUCCUUAACAUCUGUUUCACUCUUCCUCUCUCUUUCUAUCCCCCUCUUUUGCUACAUUUGAUCUAUAUCCUUGUAUUUUCCUCAUUUCUCACCUCUAUCCCCCCCCCUCUCUCUCUCCAGGCCCUUACAGAGUACAGAGGGGAGUUGAGAGACGACCCCAUCAUAAGCACACACUUGACCACGCUCUAUGACAACCUGCUUGAACAAAACCUCAUCCGUGUCAUCGAGCCUUUCUCCAGGGUCCAGGUGAGCUUACAGCUGGGCAUGUUGUGGAGGUGGGGGCAUGCUUUUCAGUCCAGGACCAGGCUUUUGUUCUUGUAAAAUUAUUUUAAGAAUUAGGGAAGUCUGUAAAAUCCGAAUUUCUGUGUUUUUAAAAGUAGUAGGCUCGAAAGAGAGCGACACUCCAUUUGGGCUGAUCUGUGUAAGAGGGGAACGAGGCAACCUCAGAGUUACACACAAGGGAACUUUAUUGCUGUACACACUCACAGCAGACAGGGAAUAGAUGUAGGAAGGAUGUGGUUCUGUAGUACAGGAGAUGAACAGUAAUGAAUAGGCUGUACACUAUUAGCAUAGCAUGAGCAUAAUUCCAAUACAGUAGCACAGCAAGAGCACUGGUAAGGACUGUAUAAAUAUAAAGGACUGUAUAGAUCAAGGCUAUACAUGCAAACAAUUAUCAUUAAACACUACCAACAGUAAGUACUAAACACACACACACACACGUUACAACAAUAAUAACAACAAAGUUCUGCACGCACUCCAUCCCACAAGUCCACUCAGAGGAGUGAACAGACACUGGCCUGCACAGUCAGAAGAGUUGUCAGGUGUCCUGCCCCCUAACAAUGUGCCUCUUAGCAACCAAUCAGGGCCCAGGACACACAUGUUUGAGAGGCCAGUUUAUUGUGCCCCUAGGGUCGUGGGGGAUGGGGAGUGGAGUGUGCAGCUUGAAAGGGUUGUGAGAUGCUGAUAAGUCACUGGCAGGGAAUUCGUAACAAGGCUAUUUGUAAAAGGCUAGUAUUUGUUUAGCUUUGUUCAGUUUGGAUUUUUCGUCUUGUAAAAUUCUUUAAGGAUUUGUAAAGUCUAAAGUUCAAAUUGGUGUGUUUUAUAAAAGCAAUAUUUGUAGAAUUUUGUGUUCUAGACUACUGACAAGUGUUGUUCUGUCGCCCCACAGAUAGAACACAUUUCCACCCUCAUAAAACUCUCUAAGGUAAGUCAUAGCUUAUUCCACUAAUAGGACAUUCACUGGUGUCAGCACAUCUUUUACUUAAUUUUGUUAUUUUGCCUUGCCCGUUUCCCUCUUUAAGAAUUUGCUCUAAUGUUGACUGAAGCAGUAAUGUUUAAAAAAUAAAAAUCAAUCAUUGGUGUUCUUUUUACUCCAUUUAUGGUGAGCGUGUGUGGUUAGCUGUGUGUUGAUUUGGUUUCUUCACUUCUACACAGGGAGAUGUCGAGAGGAAGUUGUCACAGAUGAUUCUGGACACAAAAUUUCACGGUAGGUGUCUGAUAAUGAAAGAUGUGAACACAACACUUCUCUAUGUAUUUAUUUGGACAGUGAAGCUAAAACUUGCUGACUAAUCUAAAAUGCUGGAGCAUAGAGCCAAAUUAAAAGUUUUAGGUUUACUUUCCAAAUAAAUACAGUGGGGAGAACAAGUAUUUGAUACACUGCCGAUUUUGCAGGUUUUAAAAUAGGCAGUGUAUCAAAUACUUGUUCUCCCCACUGUACAUAGGGGAGUUUAAAUCCAGAUUUCCUCCUCCUGUCAUAUUAGUCCCAUAGUUGUUGGUUAUAUGUAAUAAUUAACUUCAAGUUAAAGGAAGACGAUCACAUUUUUUAGGUCAGAGUUUUUAAUGCCUUUACUAUAUACCUAUGUGACACCCUCUCUCUCUCUGUCUCUCUCUGUCUAUAGGUAUUUUGGACCAAGGUGAGGGUGUGCUGAUCAUCUUUGAUGAUCCUGCAGUAGACACGACGUACGAGGCGGCCCUGGAGACCAUUCAGAACAUGAGCAAAGUGGUGGACUCACUCUACAACAAAGCCAAGAAGCUCACAUAGGUCAGUCAGUCCCCUAAGCUUGCUAGCAGAAUUGGAGUGAUAUAGAAUACAUUUAUGUUGAAUAUGUGUCAUUGUUAUGUAUGACAGUCCUGCUUUGGAACAUUAUGGGACGGUUUCGCGAACAUAGAUUAAGCGCUUUCAAUUGAGUAUGCUAUUUAGUCCAUGACUAGGCUUGAUCUGCGUCCCUAAAUCUACCGCCCCAGCCUGCCAGUUAAUCUCUUUUCCCUUUUCUCUUUCCACAGAGGAGACCACCUGUACCCCAGCACAGAGCGUGUCUGGCCAGUUUGUGAAGCACUCCGGGGAGAGGAGAGAGAGUGGGGUGUUCGGACUCAAACAACCCAGCAAGCAAAUAAACCAACCGACCAACCCACAAACUGACAGGGCUAGGCUGUCGUCGUCCCAACCCCCCCACCCCUCUUCAAUUCAGACUGGGUACAUUUCCCCCCAACGGACAUUAUAACUACUGGUAUCUCCAUCACAAGUUUCUAUGUUCCUCGGUGUCCCCCUCCUCCCCUCCUUGCCAACCAUCAGGGAAUCUUGUAAAAAAAGAACAAUAAAGAAACCGAAACAUAUACAUAACAUGUAUGAUACAUAUAGGUCUCUGAAAGAGUGUAAUUGGGGGGGGCUCACACUGCCUAAAGGUUCAGUUCUGUUGCCAAACAACCUCUGGCCAUAUCCCCCCUCGCCCCAACACACACACCCACACACGGCAACCUGUGUCUGCUGGCUUUGGGCCAGAGUGGACAGAGAAAAAGGACCCCUGUCCCUGGGAACACGCCACAGGAAAAGGACACAGUCAUCGCCAUACUGUUUUAUAGUUCCUAGACCUGGGUUAAUAUAUUGUUUGAAAAUCGUUCAAGUACUGAGAGUUUGUUUUAUCCUGCCUGGGGUGCCAGGAGGGUGUGGCAUUCCUUUUUGGGACUUUUCUACUGGUUCCAUUUCAACAGGCAAGCUCAAUCGAGAACAGAUAAAGUACCUGAGAUGAUCUCUAAUAGUAUUUCAAUCCAGGUCUAAUUGUUUCCCUCCCUGCCUCCAAUUCCAGUUUGUACAUAAUGUUGCCAGGCGUCUCUCUCUGUCCAUGUCAGGCCUGUCAUGCUAACACCCCUCCAACCAUCCCCUUUUUAUUAUAACGCUAAACGAGAAUAAAAGAAGCCCCCAGCGUGCUUUUGUGAGUGGUGGUGACGAUUGUGACUGGCUGACAGACGGGGAGAGUGAGUUGGUUGUUAAUUCCUUAUGUAUACAAACGACUGGGGCUCGUUUGCUGAAAAAUAUAAAAGCUGUAAGGUUUGGGGACUACUUUUUGCAAGGACACCUAAUCGACCAUUUCCCAUAUGACAUACAGUGGGGAAAAAAAGUAUUUAGUCAGCCACCAAUUGUGCAAGUUCUCCCACUUAAAAAGAUGAGAGAGGCCUGUAAUUUUCAUCAUAGGUACACGUCAACUAUGACAGACAAAAUUAGAAAAAAAAAUCCAGAAAAUCACAUUGUAAGAUUUUUAAUGAAUUUAUUUGCAAAUGAUGGUGGAAAAUAAGUAUUUGGUCAAUAACAAAAGUUUUUCAAUACUUUGUUAUAUACCCUUUGUUGGCAAUGACACAGGUCAAACGUUUUCUGUAAGUCUUCACAAGGUUUUCACACACUGUUGCUGGUUUUUUGGCCCAUUCCUCCAUGCAGAUCUCCUCUAGAGCAGUGAUGUUUUGGGGCUGUCGCUGGGCAACACGGACUUUCAACUCCCUCCAAAGAUUUUCUAUGGGGUUGAGAUCUGGAGACUGGCUAGGCCACUCCAGGACCUUGAAAUGCUUCUUACGAAGCCACUCCUUCGUUGCCCGGGCGGUGUGUUUGGGAUCAUUGUCAUGCUGAAAGACCCAGCCACCUUUCAUCUUCAAUGCCCUUGCUGAUGGAAGGAGGUUUUCACUCAAAAUCUCACGAUACAUGGCCCCAUUCAUUCUUUCCUUUACAUGGAUCAGUCGUCCUGGUCCCUUUGCAGAAAAACAGCCACAAAGCAUGAUGUUUCCACCCCCAUGCUUCACAGUAGGUAUGGUGUUCUUUGGAUGCAACUCAGCAUUCUUUGAGUUUUGACCAAAAAGUUCUAUUUUGGUUUCAUCUGACCAUAUGACAUUCUCCCAAUCCUCUUCUGGAUCAUCCAAAUGCACUCUAGCAAACUUCAGACGGGCCUGGACAUGUACUGGCUUAAGCAGGGGGACACGUCUGGCACUGCAGGAUUUGAGUCCCUGGCGGCGUAGUGUGUUACUGAUGGUAGGCUUUGUUACUUUGGUCCCAGCUCUCUGUAGGUCAUUCACUAGGUCCCCACGUGUGGUUCUGGGAUUUUUGCUCACCGUUCUUGUGAUCAUUUUGACCCCACGGGGUAAGAUGUUGCGUGGAGCCCCAGAUCGAGGGAGAUUAUCAGUGGUCUUGUAUGUCUUCCAUUUCCUAAUAAUUGCUCCCACAGUUGAUUUCUUAAAACCAAGCUGCUUACCUAUUGCAGAUUCAGUCUUCCCAGCCUGGUGCAGGUCUACAAUUUUGUUUCUGGUGUCCUUUGACAGCUCUUUGGUCUUGGCCAUAGUGGAGUUUGGAGUGUGACUGUUUGAGGUUGUGGACAGGUGUCUUUUAUACUGAUAACAAGUUCAAACAGGUGCCAUUAAUACAGGUAACGAGUGGAGGACAGAUGAGCCUCUUAAAGAAGAAGUUACAGGUCUGUGAGAGCCAGAAAUCUCGCUUGUUUGAAGGUGACCAAAUACUUAUUUUCCACCAUAAUUUGCAAAUAAAUUCAUUAAAAAUCCUACAAUGUGAUUUUCUGGAUUUUUUUCCCCCAAUUUGUCUGUCAUAGUUGACGUGUACCUAUGAUGAAAAUUACAGGCCUCUCUCAUCUUUUUAAGUGGGAGAACUUGCACAAUUGGUGGCUGACUAAAUACUUUUUUUCCCCACUGUAGAUAAAAGACAAGUGCUAAUAAAUAUGUUGAAUGUCACGGCUUAAUUUUCUGUUUGAAGGAACUAAACUAGAUGGACUGUUAUUAUCUUGCCUCUUCGUUUUUGGCCACUGUCUAUUAUUAUACCUUGAUUUUUCUUCAAAUGUAUCGGUUCUCUGUAUAUAGAUUUUUAUCUUGCAUACAUCAUCAGAUUCAGCAUAUGUGCUGCAUUUAUCAGGGUAAAUGAGUUGAUACAUUUUAUUCAAUUUUAGACAACUCGAACAUAGGCAAAAGGUGAUUGGACAGAGUUGCAGCGAGUCUGGGGUCUGUUCACCAAACUAUCUUGACAAAGCCUAGUGUUCUGUCCCACAUGGCACCCUAUUCCCUAUAUGG